ACGCAGAGCCACAGAACAAAAGAAAAAAGAAAAAGAAAAAUGAGAUUUUCCAGCUUAAAAGAGAUUCUAUAACAACAUCAUUCAUAAUAUCAAUAUCAAAUGGCUUCAGCAAAGGAAAACCAUCAUGAACAUCACGCUAAGCACCACAUAGUCUUGGUACACGGCGCGUGCCACGGUGCUUGGUGCUGGUACAAGCUGAAGCCACGUCUAGAGGCGGUGGGCCACCGUGUCACGGCACUCGAUCUGGCGGCUUCUGGCAUCAACAUGAAGGCAAUUCAAGACGUUCACUCAAUGAAUGACUACUCUCAACCUCUCUUGGAACUCUUGGAAUCACUUGGUCCAAAUGAUCAAAAAGUUGUGCUUGUAGGCCACAGCCUUGGAGGCCUGAGUUUGGCCCUGGCCAUGGACGAGUUCCCCGAGAAGAUCGCCGUCGUCGUUUUCUUGACGGCGUUUGUGCCGGACACCGUCCACCAGCCUUCGUACGUUUUGGACCAGUACUUAGAGCGGACUCCAUCAGAUUCAGAUGCAUGGCUGGACACUCAGUUUGGCUCAUAUCAAAGCCCCAAUGGACCAUUGACGUCGAUGUUUUUUGGUCCCAAGUUUUUCUCUUCCAAGCUCUAUCAGCUUAGCCCCGCAGAGGAUCUUGAACUGGCCAACACUUUAGCAAGGCCUGGAUCACUAUUCCUAGAAGACCUGUCCAAAGCCAAGAAAUUCACCGAGGAUAGGUUCGGGUCAGUUCCUCAAGUCUAUGUUGUUUGCGAAGAAGACAAGGCAAUACCGGUGGAAUUCCAGCGAUGGAUGAUCGAAAAUGGCGAUGUGUCGAAUGUGGUUGAGCUUUGCGGAGCAGAUCACAUGCCAAUGUUCUCAAAGCCACAAGAAUUAUUCAAAUGGUCCCAACCUGCACUGUGCGGGUUGGGGCGGGUCGGGCAUUCUUGAACCCGCAAUGCCCCGACCUGGCCGUUUUGAUUCCUAUCCCCCCCAGGGCCCAGGCAGGCGUGCUUCCUGUAGCCUUAAAUCCCUCGUCCUCAGUCUCUCCUCUGUCCUCUCGCGGUCUCGCCUCUCGCCUCCCUCCUCCACCGCACACCCCCACAGGGCCCCACCCACAACACCAUAACACCAGAGAAGACCAUUGUUUUCCGCCAUUUGUUUUCUUCUAUCGUCUUCUUCUAUGUUCCUGUAACCGCGCUGAAAUCGACCUCUCUCUCUCACACAAAAACAUGGCUACAUGACUUGCGCGCUCACGGUUUUCAUUGAAAACGCUUCUUCGGCUUGAAUAUGGAAGUUCGCUGGCUCACCGUUAUCGCGGUGAAUCACCC